CAUCUGGAAGUCGUCAUAGAAGUCGGUGUUCCGUUUACUGUGGUGGAAUUGUUUCGUAAAAAGACUUCGAAACUUUCCUUAGUGGAGGCGUCGCAAACGUAACAGUGAAACUUACGACUGACCAAACUUGAAUGAAGUGUUUCUUAGAGACCGGAAAUAUUUGGGAUAUAGGCUGAGACAAUCUUUUUUCUUGUUAAGAGUUGCAUGACAGAACACUACGGUUACUCUUGACGAAAAUAAAAUCACAAACAACAAAACAAUGUUUUUAUAAUUAUCUCAACGCUGCAGUUAUUGUAAAGUAAAACCUAAAAAAUUAAUGAUUUACUUCCCACCUAUGGAAAUAAUCAAAUAGUAAAAUUGAUCUUCGACAAACACAAGAACGAAUGGAUAAGAAAUACCGUGACCAAGAUACAUAAAAACUUAAGUGUUUGACUCACGAAGUGUUUGGUUCCUUGAGAGGCCCAUAGAGAGAGAGAGCGAGGGAGAGGGUAUGGCUACUGUGAAGCUUAUUCAAGACACCAAGAAAUCUUUAAUCGGAGCUCUUCACGAUGGGGACCUACCGAAGGCAAAUGCGAUCCUUAGGGAUAUCCCAUCCCUGGUGUCCAACUCGGAUUCAAUGCCGUUCCUUCAUGUAGCAGUGGAUGCCCCCACCAACAGCCGACGGCUCGUAUGCCUGCUGCUAAAGUCCGGCGCUCCCAUCAACUACCCAAACGCUAUAGGAGCAACCGCCCUCCAUAUCGCAGCGGGUAAAGGAAAUAAGAAAUGCUUGGUGGAAUUGCUGAGGGCUGGCGCUGACGUCCACCAGUGCGACAAAAACGGUCUCAUUCCACUGCACUAUGCAGCUCGAAGUCGUCGCGAGGAUUCCGUCGCUUGCUUGCAACUCCUGCUGGCGCAUAACUCACCUUGCAACAUACCUGCCAAUCACGGGUACACACCUCUCCACGUGGCUGCGGAAGUUGGAAAUGUCCCCGCCGUAAGAAUCUUGUUGAAUGCAGGCGCUCUGCAUUCGAGCGCUGACUAUAGAGGUCAAACGGCGCUGCAUUUGGCGACAGUGCCUGCUGUUGCAGAAGCAUUGCUUGAUGCAGGCGCCGAUGUCACAGAUGCAAACAUGGCGGAAGAAUCUGCGUUGGAGCAUGCAAUCAAAAAGUCUCCUGUGGUUGUUCCCACACUCCUUGCCUCUGGAAUGGCCGUGAGAGGAGACCUCUACGACAGCCAUUUGCGAGUCUUCUUCAACCUGGAUAUCUUGUGCGACAGCAGCAGAAACGAAAUGAGUUUGUUAAACAUCAUGUCCAGGAGAGGCCAGUAUGACUUCCUCAAGCACCCACUGUGCGAAACGUUUCUUCACCUCAAAUGGCUGAGAGUCUGGCCUCUGUUCUACUUAAAACUCGCCGUAUUCAUAAGUCUCGUCCUGACUUUAACAUCGAGCCUUUGUCUCCGGUCGUAUCUACCCAGGGAACCAAAUCUCACCACCAAAAAUGAGACAUCCUUCGAAGAGAGGCGAAAUCACACGGCCAUCCUAAUCACGGCCACCGUCUUGCAAGGACUCUCUGGGGUAUUGUGGGCAAUCGUCAUUUGUCGGGAGAUCAUGCAGGUCAUCAUCUCGAGGGAAUAUUGGAGCAAAUGCGAAAAAUGGCUACAACUUCCUUUCAUCAUUCUAUCCGUGUUGGUGAUCGCUACGACGGGGCCCCUAGAACCGUGGCAACGGCAUGUAGGAGUGAUCGUAGUUCUGCUAGGAUGGUUCAAGGUGACAUUCCUCAUUGGUCAUCUCCCCAACGUUGGAUUGUACGUUCAGAUGUUUCUCUCGGUAUCAGUAAGAAUGCUUACGUUUGCCUGCGUUUAUUCAUCACUCUUCAUCGGAUUUUCUGUGAGCUUCUACCUUGUUUUUGAGGGAGAAGUUUUCAGCACCAUUUGGAUGUCAGUGCUCAAAACACUGGCCAUGAUGGUGGGAGAGCUGGAAGUUUCAAGCAUUCUAGGGAAGGAUACUGAGCAAACUCUUCCAGGCACUGCACACGUUAUAUUUGUCCUCUUUGUGUUACUGAUGACAAUAGUAAUCACUAACCUACUCGUAGGUCUUGCUGUACAAGAUAUCCAGAUGCUUCAGAAAGAAGCUGGUGUAAGUCGUCUUGCCCUCACUGUUGAACAGGAAACAUCUGUGGACAUAAUGCUAUCAUCUCGGCUUGUCAGCUGGAUUAUGCCAUAUCAACUGCAUACAUGGUUGAGAAACAAAUGCUCAUUAUUACAUCAUUUACCUCAAAGGAGUCUCCAUGUCCCAAAUGCUUGCAACCAAAUAUCAGAUUCUGAUGCUUCCGUAGACUGGUGGAUCAGACAAGGAACUAGGUCACAACAACGAGGCCCAAUGGAGCACUACAACAUUUUCAUCCGUCCCUAUGAUCCAGCGAAACCUGGCAAAGUUUAUUUCAGCAAUGUUACCAAGCUUAUUCCAACAAGCUACACAUUACCUGACUGGAUUGUAAGAAACACAAAGCUGUUAAUUGAAAAUGGUCUCCACAACAGGGAAAGUGGAGCAGAUCUAGUAACAGAUGAUGGGGAGGAAGAAGCUGAAGAUACAGACACAACAAAUGAAAUACAGAGUACAACUUUAGAAAACAUGCAGGAACAACUUAAUGAAUUACAGAAGUCAGUUACUGUGAUGUCUCAAAUGAUGAAGAAAAUCCUGAACUCAAAAUAAUUUACUUCUUUUAAUAAAAAAAAAAAAUUAAAAUGUUUUUGUUACCUCAUUAAUAGGCAAAAAAAAUACCACCGUAAUUCAAAUGCAGAUUUGCAACUUCAGCAGGUUCUUUACUAACACAUUAAAUUCAUAACCAAGAAAAGGAAACCCUUUGAAUAUGAAUUUAAGCACAGUGCAUAAUUGCAUAUUAAACUUCAAAUAUACUAAAGAAAUGCAUACAUAUAUUGAAAAGAUUCAACUCAGAUCACCUAACAUUUUUUCAUUCAACAACAUAUUAUGUCAAAAGUCAACCUUACAAAUUAUAUUUGUUAAAAUGGUUGAAAAAUGCAUAAUUGUUAAGAGUUUUUAUAUAUGCAUUUUCUAAACCACUGCAAAUCCAAUGUAAUAAGAAACUGUGAACCGAGACAUCAAGUGGAUAAAAGUGGAGAGACUACAACAAAGCAAGAAAAUAGACUAUAGAAGCGUAUCCUAGACAAAAAAAAUUUUUUUUUCACAUCAAGCGCAAAAAUCUAGUAUAAACUAUGCAAAAAGAGAAGAAACAAGAACUAAGAAAUAUUCUUUUAAACCAUCUGCAACCUUUUCUCAAAUAGUACAAGAAAAUAAAUGUAGACACUUGAAUCAUGAAUACAUGAUGAUCUGGGCUUCACACUAGGGAGUGGGUUAGAAUCUAAAUUCUGCAAGUAUGUACUCAACCUUACUUUCCUCAUACAGUUUAUUCACUAUAUUUUAUCAGUUUUUUACACCAAGAAAAUAUUGGAUUACAAAAAUUAAAAUCAGGAAUAAAGAUGUAGCAUAAUUAAUAGAAGGAAAUGCAGUGCUUACAGUUCCUCAUGUCUGUCACUGCUUAUCCACAUUAUCAAGAAAGGACAUGCUUUGAGUCUCUUUGUAUACUGAUAAUGAAGAUCUGUGCAAUGCAGAGGAAUGCAACACUAUUACACUGCAAUUUUACCAACAGGACCUUCCUCAAGGUCUCUUUCCUUAGAAGUCUGCAGGAUCCUUCCGCAGAUGAGGGGAAUUCUCUAGCUGGUUCAAUUUGCCACACUGUUGGAUCCACACUAUCACUAUUCUGUUCUCUGCAGGUGGAUCCAGAGGCGUAAGUUGUGGAUGCAGUAUGGUAGAUGUUGAAACUUCAGCGGGAGAGUGUUCUUUAACGCAAGUUGUAAUGCACAGUUUUUAAAUUUUUCUCUCAUUAACGUGAAGUGGAUAUGCAUACUGUAUGAAAGGAAGAUAUUGUAUUUUCUUGUAUUUGUAUUCAGUUGGGAAAAGUGUGUACAUAUUAAUUUGUAAGUGUGUGGGUAAUAGCACUACAUAUAGUAUAAUGAGAAGACCGUGCUAAGGUCAAUCUUCGGCAAUUCAGACAAGGAAUAACGAGUCCGCCAUUCAUAAUAAUGAGUUAAUACAAUUUAUAAGCAUGUAUGCACUCAUUAAUAUACACAACACAAUGUAAUAUCUUGAAUAUUAUUUAGAAUGAGUGAUAUAAUCUGGGUGUCGUCGUAUAGAACUUAGACUACAAUUUGGUUAGUCUGUUUCAAUUCACUUUAGGCUAUAUGAUCCCUUGUGAUUUGAAUUGCUCUACUACUUAUUUUGACGUAAGUUGCAAUACUAGAGACAGCCUCAAUGCUUAUGCCUUUUCCUCAUUGAGCCUACUGCAUCAGACUGAAGUUUUGGGCUUUGUCAUGGUAACUGCUUUAUAGCAAAGAAAGAUAAAGGAAAGGAAAAUGCAUUUUCGAGAAGUUCAGCAGCAAGGUGGCAUUCGCGCAUGUGUUGGAGGUGCCUGUUCUCAUGAUGGUUCUAGAAUCGGCAGGAGUGUUGUGGAACUUGACAGGCGCCGACGUGACAUGAGAAACGCCGCGAUUUCUGAUGCAAUAUUCCGUCGAGAUUCUUCUAAAUCAUUCCCGUAAUCUCGGGAGUCUGUGACGUUCACCGUAGGCCCCGCCCCCAGAAUGCCAUAUAAAUACGACGGACGAAGUAGGAGAAGGCAGAUAAUCAGUAAGAGCCACAGAUCAGAUUAUCAGUGAGAGAUCAGCAGCAGAGAUCAUCAGAGUGAGAUAAGAGAAGAAGAACGAAGGAUCAGAGAGAAAAAGGCACACGCGAGUUUGAUUGGAUUCUAGUCAAGUCGUCGUCAGGAGUGGACAACCGAGGCAUUUCAACGUAGAGCAAGACUUCAGAGAAGAAACGUUCUGCAAGAGGUUUUGAGAAGUUCCUGCCCUUCGAGUAUCAAGAAUAGACAUUAUUUUCUGCAAUACGGAGUCAAGAAGACAUCUGCAAUCGCAGUUCUCCUUUUGUAAAGCCAUCGCUUUGAGUCGGAAAACUGGCCAGCAAGUAUUUGAAUUACCUCACUUCUUCCCCAGUUCACGCAUUGUAAGAUUUUGCCUUUUAUGUAAAUAGGAGACACCAUUCUGCAUUUAUCUUUGUUAGUAAGCUUGUAAAUAA